AUGCGCUUCGUGCAGCUGGCCGUGCUGCCGCUGCUGCUACGGGCCCGCGCCGAGUGGGUCGAGAUCACCCAGAACACCUACAGGCGAAACUCCCUCAGGAAACCUUCGACAGCAGAGCUUACACCGGAGUAUCCGAACGCGACUCUCGGCGGCUCGGAUUGGCACGGGGAGUACGUGCACAGGGCGGGGGACGUGCGGAGAGUCCCGGCCGCGCCGCGCCGGCCCGCACCGGCGGGGGGCGGGGGCGCCGCCGACGACCAGGAGUACUACGACAUCGACGGGCCGGACGAGCUGAACGUCCACGACGAAGUCCCGUCGAGUGAACAGGACCCUCCCCACCCCGGUCCCGACUACACAGUGAAGCUGAACCUCGAUAACGAGGAAGGUAACAGACGGGUGGACACGAGAGGGCCGUCCCUGGAAUCCGGGCCGGGGGGAAACUUCAAACAGAGUCAAAAUCCACAGCCGACGAGACUCACAGAUGUGCAAAGAAAAUAUCAAAAGAAGCAAAGCGUCGACCGGGAUCGGAAACGGGAGCCUUCCGGUGAAGAUCACCUGAAUUUGAACAAAAUAAUGCAGCAUUUCAUUGACGCUUUAAGGAAACAGGACGAGCGAAUUUAUAAUGAGAGUAAAGUGGAUAGGAGUAAAACGAAGGACGUAGAAUUAGACAUCAGAAACACUGUCACUCAGGCAGCUAGUUUUGGUGAUUCGUCCCACCGAAAGGACUCGGAGGAGCACACGAAUACUCCAAAGGACCUCGAUAACAGCAAACACUUCCCCGGCAUAUGGAGAAUGCUCAAAAAUGUAGCGAACGUAAUAUCAAAGAACACGCAUAGGACCGUCAACGGCAAAAUUAAAUACUUGGAAGAUUUAAAAAACAAACUUCUGUUUAACAUCCAGGAGCGUAUCGAUUCAGUGUGGCCUGCAGCAGGUCGGGUGGCGCGGGGGGCGGAGGCCCGUGGAGACAUGGAGUUGCCCUCCUCCGAGGGAGCGCUUAUGACCAUCUCUUUCCUCACUUUUGCCGUGUUCCUCAUUAAGCUGGUACUGCAAAUCAUCCAUACGUACAAAAACAAGACGAUGAUGACGCCGGCUGUGGUGACUGCAGUCGGCCGCGCCGCUGCCGCUACACUCGUUAAAAACUAA